AUGGCCUCCGAAUACAAGCUCAAAGGCCUAACCAGCAUCGACCUCAAAAACGGCCAAAAGCAAGAGGCAGAAGUCGAAGGCAUCGAGAACGGCAAAGUCCUCAUCCUCAAGAACAACAAUGAAGUCCACGUCAUGAGCCCCAACUGCACGCACUACGGCGCUCCUUUAGUAAAAGGCGUUCUGACGCCGGAGGGAAGGCUGACGUGCCCGUGGCAUGGAGCGUGUUUCAAGGUCUCGACGGGGGAUGUAGAAGAUGCACCGGCCCUGGAUCCGCUGGCAAAGUUUGAGGUGGUGCAGAAGGAUGGGGCGGUGUAUAUUAAAGGUGACGAGGGGGCGUUGAAGGCGGGACGACGGCAUUUGUCAAUCAAGUGCUCGCCCAAGGGGCAGGAGAAGGUUGUGAUUGUGGGGAGUGGGAGUGGUGGACUCGGUGCUAUUGAGGCGCUGCGGGCUGGUGGGUUCACGGGAGGGAUUACGGUGAUUUCGAAGGAGAACCAUCAACCCAUUGACCGGACGAAGCUCUCGAAGGCGUUGAUGACGGAUGUGAGUCAGGUUGCCUGGAGGAGUAUGGACUUUUACAAGGAGGGAAAUGUGGAUAUUGUGGGCGGAACGGUGGCUUCCGUGGACUUUGGUGGGAAGAAAGUCAAGACGCAGGACGGGAAGGAGUACGACUACACGAAGCUCAUUCUUGCGUCUGGCGGCAAGCCCAAUAUGCUGCCUCUGGACGGGCUGAAGGGUGAUCUCGGCAACGUCUUCCUCCUGCGAUCCUUGGAGCACACGCAGGCUAUCAUGAAAGCGGCAGGCGAGAAGGGUGGCAAGAAGAUCGUCGUGGUGGGAUCUAGCUUCAUCGGAAUGGAAGCCGGCAACUCUUUGGCAAGCAAAGGCCACAGCGUCGACAUCAUCGGCAUGGAAAAGGAGCCAAUGGAGCGCGUAAUGGGCACGAAAGUCGGCUCGAUCUUCAGGAAGCUGUUGGAGAAGAACGGCGUCAAGUUCCACAUGGAGGCUGCUGUGGAGAAGGGAAAUGAGAGCAAGAGUGCAUCCGGCAUGAUCGGCUCGGUGUCGCUGAAAGACGGCACAUCGCUGGAGGCAGACAUUGUAAUCGAGGGUGUCGGCAUCAAACCUUCGACGGAUUACCUGCAGAACAACAGCUCCAUCAACCUCGAGAAGGACGGAUCGGUGUCUGUUGAUGAGUCGUUCGCGGUGAAGGGUCUGAAAGACGUCUAUGCCAUUGGCGACAUCGCGACAUACCCCUACCAUGGACCCGGCGGCAACGGCAAGCCAGUGCGCAUCGAGCAUUGGGAUGUCGCUCAGAACGCUGGCAGGAGUGUGGCGCACACGAUCAACAAUCCUAGUAGCAAGCCCAAGCCAUUCAUUCCUGUCUUCUGGUCUGCGGUGGGGUCACAGCUGCGGUACUGCGGCCACACACCCCAAGGCUUCGACGACGUAAUCAUUCAAGGUGAGACGGACGUGAGCGAAGGCAAGCAAAGCUGGGUGGCAUACUUCACCAAGGGUGAGGAAGUGCACGCCGUGGCGAGCAUGAUGAAGGACCCGUACAUGACGCAGAGCGCGGAGCUGAUGCGGAGAAUGAACAUGCCCAGCAAGAGCGACAUCAACAAGGGUGUUGAUAUUCUGAAGGUCAGCAUGCCGGCAGAGGUGAAGAUAUGA